GACUUUACCGAGUUGGGAAUUAGCUGCAACCUUCAACAUGCCGUCUAAACCUGCCCCGAUCAAGAAGGCGGCAAAGAAAGAACCUGCCAAGAAGGAGGAGAAGGCUCCAGAGCCCGAGCCCGCUCCCGCUCCUGCUCCUGAACCCGCCCCAGAGCCUGCUCCAGUCGAGGCCGCUCCAGCCGAAGCUGCACCUGCUGAAGGGGCCCCUCCUGCCGAGGGAGAGGCUCCUCCAGCUGAGGAGGGCGCUGCACCCGCAGAUGGUGAAGCUGCUGAGCCACCUCCACCAGAAGAGGUUAAACCACCCACACCUCCACCACCUCCACCCAAAGAGCCCACAAGCGCUCCUGUGGAGCUGUUUGUUGAGGACAAAAAUGACACUUCAGUUACCAUCAUGUGGAGCCAGCCGGAGACAGUCGGCCCAGACGGUCUGGAUGGAUACACCAUUGAAAUCUGCAAGGACGGAACUGAGGACUGGAAAGCAAUCAAUGAGGAUCUGCAGAAGUCCUGCCGCUACGUGAUCAAGAACCAGACCACCGGUGACCGUCUGAAGAUCCGUGUGGUGGCUCUUAACCCCGGUGGCCGCAGCCCUCCAUGUGCACUCCAUGAGGCUGUUCUGGUGAAAGAGGUUGCUGAUCGCCCCAAAGUUCGUCUGCCUCGUUUCCUCAGACAGAGAUACGUCGCUCAUGUUGGAGAGAAGAUCAAUCUAACCAUCCCCUUCACAGGCAAACCCAAACCCGUGGUCACCUGGACAAAGAACGGAGAGCCCCUGGACAAAAAGAGGGUGAACAUCCGCAGCACCGAAAGAGAUAGCAUCCUGUUUAUCCGUGCAUCUGAGAGAGAGGACUCUGGAGAGUAUGAGAUGUGUGUGAAGGUAGAUGACUUUGAGGACAAGGCUUCACUCGUCCUUCAAAUUGUCGAGCUGCCCGGGCCCCCUGCCAGUGUAAAGGUUGUGGAUGUCUGGGGCUUCAAUGUUGCUCUGGAGUGGACUGCACCCAAAGAUAAUGGAAACACAGACAUUACAGGUUACACAAUCCAGAAAGCCGACAGAAAGACUACUGACUGGUACACUGUGUUGGAGAAUUACCAUAGACUUAAUGCCACUAUCUCUGACCUCAUCAUGGGCAACACCUACAAGUUCAGAGUGUUUUCUGAAAACAAGUGUGGAAUUAGUGAGGACGCUGCUGUCACAAAGGAAGAGGCCACCAUCGUGAAAGAGGGUAUUGAAUACAAGCCUACUGAGUUCAAGGAGCACGACUUCAGCGAGCCGCCCAAAUUCACCACUAAUCUGACUGACAGAUCCACCACUGUUGGCUACAGCACCAAGCUGCUGUGCUCUGUCAGGGGACUACCAAAACCUAAGAUCAUAUGGAUGAAGAAUCAGAUGAUUAUUGGAGACGAUCCCAAGUACAGGCAGAUCUGCGUCCAGGGUAUCUGCUCUCUGGAAAUCCGUAAACCCGGUAGCUUUGACGGAGGUGUGUACGCCUGCAGAGCCAAGAAUGAUCACGGAGAAGUAACUAUCAGCUGCAAGCUGGAGGUUAAACGUAAGUACAACAACUACCUAAAGCAACUACCUUAA